AUGUCGUCUCCUACACCUGAGGACACCCCACUCCAGGAGCCUGAGCUUGGACACUCUAGCUGCAAGCAGCAGCAGCAGGAGAAAAGGCCACAGCAAGAGGCCAGCAUCCGGGCCCUCACUAGAGCUGGUCACAGGGCCCUGCGGGCUGGCCAGGGUCACAAGGCCCUGAGCAGCUUCCAGAAGGCCUUUGUGCUAGCCUCUGAGGCCUCCUCACAGGGGGACAGCCCUGUGCUUCGGGCUUGUGCCUUCAACUUGGGGGCUGCCUAUGUGGAAACUGGGGAUCCAGCCCAAGGCCUGGAGCUGCUCCUGCGUGCCCAGCCGGAGGAGGAGGCACAGGGCAGUCACCAUGGAGACCAGUGUUUCAAUGUGGCUGUGGCCUACCACACCCUGGGCCAGCUGCCUCAAGCUUUGGCCUGGUACCACAGGGCCCUGGGCCAUUACCAGCCUCAGGGAGACAGGGGACAGGCUCAGGCAAAAAUGGGAGCCUGCUAUCAGGCUCUAGGACAGCCUGAGCAGGCCGCCCAGUGCCUGCAGGAAGCAAGCCGGGCCUACUCCCGAGCUGGGCAGCCCCGGGCUGCAGCCAUGGCACUGGGGGCUGCGGCAGAGUGCAUGCUCAAGAGUGGGCAACAUGGAGUGGGCGAGGUAGUGCAGGUGCUAGAGGAGAGCCGGAGGCUUGCAGACAGGAGCGCUGAGCCGCAACUGCUGGGUCAGCUCUAUAACGACCUCGGCCUGGGCUACUCCAAACUCCAGCUGUUCCCUCUGGCCGUGGAGGCCUUCCAGCAGGCACUGGCCCUGUGCCAGGGGUCCUGGGAGCGGGCCACGGUGUUGGGAAACCUUGGGAUGGCCCACAGUGCCCUUGGUAACCAUUGGGAAGCCCGGGAGUUCCAUCACAGAGCUGCCAGCCUACAUGGCUCUGCAGGGCGGCGGUGGGAGCAGGGUCGGAGUUUCGGCAGCCUGGCCUUUGCGCUGAGCCAGCUGGGAGACCACGAGGCCGCCAGGGACAACUACCUGCACGCCCUGCAGGCAGCCCGAGACACAGGAGACACAAAAGGACAGUGGCAGGCCUGUGAAGGGCUGGGGGCCGCGGCAGCCAGACUGGGGCAAUAUGAGCACGCUUUGGCAUACUACAAGGCAGCGCUGGGCUGCUGUCAGGAGGAGUCGGAUUCUGUGCGGGACCGGCUGGUGGCCAAGCUGGCAGACGCCAUGAGGACCCACUUGGUGCAGGGUGAGGGGGAGGUGAGCGGAGGUGGCCCGCCGCCGAAACCGACACCAGGGCGGCCAGUGGCCAUGGCUGACUGGUCAUCCAGGUGGCCCCAGGAAACCUUCAGCAGGAACCCCAGAAGGAGAGCCCCCCGGUCUGGCUUCUGCACAGUCACAUGACCUGCACUGCACUGUCCGCAAUCUUCACCUCUGCAGCACGUCCCCUUACCCCACUUCCUGGCUUGUGGGGAUGGAGCCCUGCAUGG